AUGGUGGACUACUAUAAAGUCCUCGAGGUGCCCAAAGGUGCAACCAAUGCCGAAAUUAAAAAAGCGUACAGAAAAUUAGCUCUAAAAUGGCAUCCCGACAAAAAUCCAGACAACAUGGACGACGCAACAAAAAAAUUCAAGGAAAUUUCCGAGGCUUACGAAGUUCUUUCUGAUGAAUCGAAACGAAAAAUAUACGAUACCAGAUCGACAAGAACAAGUGCAGCAAGGUCCUCCAGAUCCUACAGGAGCUCAUAUUUCGAUCCCCACAAUCCUUUUUCACAACGUUAUUUCGACAAAAAAAGACGCAUGUACGACCAGUACGGCAAAGAAGGCCUGAUAAACGGCGGCAGCAGAGGCAGAAGCCGGCACGAGGACGAGUUCGACCUCGGCGGAUUCGGCUUCUUCACGUUCAGAGACCCCGAAGACGUGUUCAGGGAGUUCUUUGGUGCGUGCGUAUUUGAUCUCCUCGACAUGCACGGCAACGGGCGGCACUCUGGCCACUCGCGGCGCAGCAACCGCCACUCUCACCCGCAAAAUGUUGCGCUCAGCCAGUCUUCGCUGUUUAGUCCUUUUGGUAUCUCGCUGGGCGGCGCCCUGAUGGACGACUUCUUCAACCCGGGACACGGCGGCGGCGGUUUCACCUCCUUCAGCACCAUCAACAGCACCUUCAACAACGCGAACGGCGGAUCGCCCGUCUCCGGGAGCGUCAAGAGGACGUCCACGUCCACGCGGUUCGUCAACGGGAAGAAGAUCACCACCAAAAAAGUAUUUGAGAAUGGUAAAGAAACAGUAAUGGCCUACGAAAAUGACGUGCUGAAAUCAAAGACUGUGAAUGGGGUACCACAGAGUCUAACAUAUAGUUAA